GUUACAACUAUGGCACUGUUAGUGAUAUAGGAUUUGCUCAAGGUAGUGGUGCUGUACUGUUAGGUUAUCUUUCUUGUAAUGGUGACGAGACUAAUCUUCUUAACUGUGAUCAGAACUAUUACUACACUAAUACUCAGUCUCAUUGCCAGUCUCAUUACUAUGAUGCUGCUAUUGUAUGUGAACGUCACUGUGAUAGUUAUGAUAUGAGACUGAGAGAUGGCAAUACAAGGUAUGGCAGAGUAGAGGUGUGUAUUAGUGAGACCUGGACAACAGUGUGUGGUAAUCAGUGGAACUAUGGAGAUGCUUCUGUUGCAUGUAGGCAGUUAGGACUCUCACCUUAUGGUUCCAUUCCACUCACUAGCUAUUAUUACCACAACAUAUGGUCAUAUGGUAUCAUUUAUCCCAACUGCACUGGAAUUGAGAGCGUUAUAUGGAAUUGUUCUCAUGUUGAAACUAAUAAUUGUCUAGAUAAUAGUGAUGCCGGAGUAAUUUGUCAAACUGGUAAUAUUGAGCCAGUUGAUUGUGUGUCUGGUGAUGUUAGAUUGAUAAAUGGCACUUUAAAAAGUCAAGGAAGAUUGGAAGUGUGUAUUGGAAAUGUAUGGGGCACAGUGUGUGGAAGAUCAUGGGACAAUUAUGAUAGUCAAGUUGUUUGUAAACAAUUAGGAUAUCAAAGAUUAGGAGCAUCAUACGGUUAUGAACUAUAUGGUCAUGGAUCUGGACCGAUUCUUUUUGGUUACAUGUAUUGUAAUGGACAUGAAGAAUCACUUUUUGAUUGCAGUAGGAAUGUUCAAAGUGUAGUUUCGGGAUCAUGUGCUGAUCAUUAUUAUGACAUUGGACUGAAAUGUGAACCCUAUUGUGAAAAUGGAGCUGUUCGUCUUCAAGAAGGUACACUAACUUCUAAUGGUCGAGUUGAAAUAUGUGUCAAUG